AUGAAACGUGUGGAUAAACCCAUUGCCUACAGGAACUGGUUGGAUGAACCCAUUGCCUACAGGAACUGUGUGGAUAAACCCAUUGCCUACAGGAACUGGAACUGGUUGGAUGAACCCAUUGCCUGCAGGAACCGGGUGGAUGAACCCAUUGCGUGCAGGAACUGGGUGGAUGAACCCAUUGCGUGCAGGAACUGGUUGGAUGAACCCAUUGCCUACAGGAACUGUGUGGAUAAACCCAUUGCCUACAGGAACUGGUUGGAUGAACCCAUUGCCUGCAGGAACCGGGUGGAUGAACCCAUUGCGUGCAGGAACUGGGUGGAUGAACCCAUUGCGUGCAGGAACUGGGUGGAUGAACCCAUUGCCUGCAUGAACUGGGUGGAUGAACCCAUUGCCUACAUGAAAUGGGUGGAUGAACCCAUUGCCAGCAUGAACUGGGUGGAUGAACCCAUUGCCUACAGGAACUGGGUGGAUGAACCCAUUGCGUGCAGGAACUGGGUGGAUGAACCCAUUGCCUGCAUGAACUGGGUGGAUGAACCCAUUGCCUACAUGAAAUGGGUGGAUGAACCCAUUGCCCGCAUGAACUGGGUAGAUGAACCCAUUGCCUGCAGGAACUGGGUGGAUGAACCCAUUGCCAGCAUGAACUGGGUAGAUGAACCCAUUGCCUGCAGGAACUGGGCGGAUGAACCCAUUGCCUGCAGGAAUCAGAUCGAUCCUGUAUUAUUAUAA